UAGUAUGGAAAAGUGAGUUUUGGACCAGUUGAUUGCUGUUGUAUACGAAUUAAGCUGUUUUCUGAUCAGUUAAUGUGGAAAGUGAAUUUUGAACAAAGUUAAUUGUUGUUAAAUAUGAAUUUAACUGUUUCUGUUAUUGUUUUUAAUGUCUUCCAGCAGGACUCUUUAAAGGGUGGUAAAUGGAGCAAUGGAGCUGAGAUGACCGAGGAAGAAGCAUUAGCAGAGCAGCAAAGGAUGUUUGCGGAGGCACGUGCUAGGAUGAACGGUGGAGGCAUUACUUCCAAGCAGCCAGAUACUGACCAAAGUUUAGAUAGCUGACUUUAGGAUCUUUAUGGAAGCAUAGGCAAGCACCCUGAUUCAUGUCUGUGCUUCUAAUAUUGUGUACAAAAACCAUUCACUAGUUUGCUGGCAUAUGUGGAUAUGAGCUCUCCAUUUGUAUUCUAUCGAUGAAUCCAUAUUUGUAAGUCAAUGUAAUUAGUGAGAGAUCAUGAAAUGCCUCCUCCCCAUUUAGCAUUGCAUGUAAUUAUUUAAUUUACAUUUUGUAUCUUCCGUAUACUAACAACUCCUAGCUCAAUUCUGACAAUGGCUACUAAAUUUAUUAGAUUGUAACAAAUCAUCAAAUAUGUAGGAGCAAUGGUGUUUGGUUUAUUUGUUGCCUUGAUUAGUAUGGGAAAUCUUGCAAACUCGAAAUGCUGCCGUAAACGGAGUCAUAUCAUUUCAGUCACGCUUAGUUGUGAUUAAUACAAUAACCGUGGUCUCCCUGUCAUUCUUUUUCUUUAUCUCAUCAAAUUCUCGUGUAAUUAACCCCCUCAUGAACUGUAGAACUAAUAGCCAAAGUCUAAUUAUGUAUAGCUAAACCUUAAAUGUUAAAUUUUCACGACAAUGCGAUAGGAUUGAGUGCUUAGGGGACUAACCUAGAACGAGGUGUCAGUUCGCAGAUACGUGUAAUGUAGUGUCUGUAGCCAACAUGAGCCACGAGAAUUCAGUAAUGGUUAACCUGAUGUCACCAUGGUGCGCCUUUGCACUAGAAGACAUAAACGGUGCAGAAGAGUGUGCUAAGUGCAUGUCGAGUUUCAACAGUGAUGGCUUUGUGUUUUGUUUGUUCUUGCUUUAGGUUUUUUAAUCCUUUUUACCGUUUUGGGCAUCAAGUCAAAAGAGUUUAGUCGAGCACAAUGGCACAGGGCGCAAGCCUCUCUCUCUUCCUUCGCUACCCCACAAGAAAGUGAAAUAACAAACACAUUGUCUCCUUAGAUUCCUUUCUUUUCUAUUUGAAGCGCACUCUAUCCCAGUCUCUUUCUGAUUUCCUAUAUCAGCUGGUGGGACUGGUUAUGUUUCUUUUGUCAGGAUUCUCUUGCACUCACUAUAUGAAAGGGGGAGAUGGCUAGAAUAACAAAGAAACAAUUAAAUAAACCUAAAAGCCCAACAUAUCUAUCCCCAACAGUAAAAAGAAGAAACCAGAUUCAUACUCUCUCCGUCUCUCUGUCUCCCUCCCUCUCUCUACUAUCUGACCUUCCUUUAAAGCUUGUUCUUCCUUCUCAUAUUAAGACACCAGUCAUGGAUACAACCUCAACCCCUCAACCUCAAGACUCAUCCUCCAAGAGGCAUUUCCAUUGGACCAACAAGGUUGGAAAUGAAGACAUCCAAGUCCCCUCCUCUGAAACAAUGUCCAAAAUCAUAGAGGAAGACGCAAACACAAAGGGAAAAGACGAACAAGAACAAGAUGACAAGGGUCUUCCACUCCCAGGCCCUGCAACGACUUCCCAAAGAAGAAAGCUUCAGGCCGUGGCAAUCUCAAGGCUCCGCUCCGUCCUCACCGUGUUCGGCAAGAACCGCUCCAACCUUCCCUUUGGCCUCGGUUCUCGAGUGGUCGGCACCCUCUUCGGCUACCGUCGCGGCCAUGUCCACUUCGCCUUCCAGAAGGACCCAACUUCCCAACCCGCUUUCCUCAUCGAGCUUGCAACACCCAUAACCGGUUUGGUUCGUGAAAUGGCUUCUGGGCUGGUCCGAAUCGCCCUGGAAUGCGACAAGGACAAAGAGUCAGAGAAGAAGAGUUUGAGGUUGCUUCAGGAGUCCGUGUGGAGGACCUACUGCAACGGCAAAAAGUGUGGCUUUGCCACCAGAAGAGAAUGUGGAGCGAAAGACUGGGAAAUCCUGAAGGCCGUGGAACCAAUUUCAAUGGGUGCAGGUGUUCUGCCAGUGACUAAUAACAGUGAUGGAGGUGAUGGGGAGGUGAUGUACAUGAGGGCUAGGUUUGAGAGAAUUGUUGGGUCCAGAGACUCUGAGGCUUUCUACAUGAUGAAUCCUGACAGCAAUGGAGCACCUGAGCUCAGUAUUUAUUUGCUUAGAGUCUAGUUACUAGUAACUACUACGACCGGCCCUUUCAGUUAUCAUACUUAACUUUCUUUCCCUUUUAGUUUCUUCUUUCUGGAUGUUAAACACUAGGCUAUUCCUAUAGUACCUGUUUAGCUCCUCAAUCAUGAAAAUGGUCACUUAGUUCUCUCUGUUUUUUUUUUCUCCUAUUCCCCCUCUUCUUCCACCAGGAAGAAGAAGUGGGGUUUCAGUUUUUUUUGGUUAGGAUAGGCGGGUAGGGUAAAGGCAGAAAGGGGGAAAUUAAUUGUGGGUUACCAAUACUUUACAGGGUGAUGGUGGGGUGGGUCAUGAAAGGUGUAUAUGUAUAGUUUCCUUUCCAAUCCUUUAAUUAGUGAUAUGAGGCGAAGGUUAAUGCAAAUCAUCAUUGUCUUCUCAUUUU